AUGAUGCCCGACAAUGCAUCGAUCGCGUCCACGAACCCCGCGCGCACCGUCUUCCCCAAGGGCCCCAGCUUCACUCUCGAGGACUUCUCCGGCCGCGAUUUCAUUGUGAAGGAGUUCAUCGAGUCCCUCUCCGAUACAGCCAUCUCCGCGCGUCGCUCCACUGUAGGAGCCCCUGGCGCUGCCAACCAACCCUUCGAUCCGAAACCCCUCAUCCGCACUUUCGAACAUGCCCAGCGACGACUCGGUGAGCUCUCAGGAGACUUGGAACUCCGGGAAAACGAGCUCUCUGCCGCCGUGCGACGUGCUGAAGCCCAGCAUUCCCAGAACCUGACCACCCUCGGCCGGAAGCUUCGACAAACGAUCGAAUCAUUCCAGCAGCUCGACACAUCCCUCAAUGGUGGAGGGUUAGAAAACGCAGCCAAUGCUGGAGGAACAGGGAACAUGGCCGUGGAAACCGGAAGGCGACUCGAGGAAUUGGACCGGCAGCGACGACGAGCCUUGGAUGCCCACUUCUUGCUGGAGUGUUGGGAAGGGGUCUGCAAUCGAGGCGAGAUCUCCCUCUUGGAGAAUCUUCGACGGUCUGGCACGGGCGAGGCCAAAGUACGUUCGGCCCAUAUUGCACGACAACUCCUCCGCAUCAGCCAACGGUUGGAUCCGCAAAGCUGGCAGCAGAGCUCGAAAACCACGAAUGGUACCUACGGCGGUAACUCCCCAUCCGAGGAUUCAAGCAGUGAGCACAGUGCUCCACGGCGGAAUACCCGGGAAAUCAUUGAAAAGUUCUCGGAGACACUGGAGAAGGAUCUGCUGAAGCAAUUCGAUGACUUCUACCGGAAGGCUAACUUCGAUGGCAUGAAGGACUGCGCUACGGUAUUGCAGGAUUUCAACGGCGGGGCCAGUGUGAUUGCCCUGUUUGUCAAUCAGCAUCAGUUUUUCAUUGAUCGCAGCCAAUUGGUAACCGAGGAAGUUGGCGGUGAUGCCGAAUCCUGGGAGAAAAUGGCCGAUCCGGACGCGGAGCUUCCUGGAGUCGAACCCAGUUUGCAGUCACUGCUGGACGAAGUCAAGGUGGUGGUCCAGGAGGAGUCGGCCAUCAUCCGGAGAGCUUUUCCAUACCACGAACAAGUGCUAGGCAAGUUUUUACAGCGCGUGUUCCAGCAGUCGAUCCAACAACGUCUGGAGAUGGUUCUGGAUAAGGCCAGUGGGGUGUCAUCUCUCGCCUUUCUACGGUGCUUGCAGAGCUCACGAGGCUACAUCAGUGCUCUUGUCGACGACUUGAAAGCCCAUGGCUUGACCGAACACCCGGAUACUAUUUCUUCCCAAACCGCAUUGCUGCUGGAUCAGCAAUUGGAGGAGCUGUUUGUGCCCUACUUUGUUGGGUCGUCCUACAUUGAACGAGAGAAACGCACAUUAGAGGAACUCUUCAGCGCUCUACUUUUCAAGUUUACCUCCUUUCAUGCUCGUCGGAAGAAGGCGGCUACUACAUUCAUGGCAUCUUUAUCCCGUCCUGGCACCGAACUCUUGUCAACCACCCGUGAUGCUUUUAUCAGCCAUCUCGACUCCCCUGAGAUGUCCCCAAUUCAACGUCGAAUGUUGUUGCAUGUAGCUAAGGUCGGCGACAUCCCCGAAAGCAUGCGCCUGACGGAGAUAAAACUCACCGAUGAAGACGGACAACCCAACCUCAGCGACGCCAAAUGCAUGCUGAAGUGGCUGGCGGAAGCGGUGGGCCGCGGACUUGAGCUGAGCGUGAACACAGACACCCACAAGGAUGUCUCGGCCGUCCUGACACUGCUACUGGUGACAAUGGGCGAUGGCUAUAUCGAUGUGUGCCUCGACGCCGCCCUUGAGGCUGCCACCACGCAGGAGUCAGGUAAGACCGAGCCCGACUUUGGAUAUCUUCCUUCGGUUCGGACCACGAUCAGUAUCACGACGUUAAUGGUGAUGUGUGUCAACGCUGUUCUCUUACCCCUGGCCACCAGUAGCAUCACGACGCGGCGUGACAUGGAAAAACGUACCAGCCAGACCACCUCGCGGAUCGAGGACAAGAUCAACACCAUCCAACAAAAGACCAUUGACGCGACUCUUGCGUGGGUUGGUCGAUUGUUGUCUGGCCAGAAGAAGAACGACUUCCGCCCUCGGGAUAGUGACAACGCAGCGUGGCUGGAGAUGCUCCAAACCCCGACCUGUGCCUCGAUUUGCGCCUUUCUCACUCGGCUACACAACAUGGCGCGCACGUCACUCCCCUCGAGCGGCGCCAAUGUUAAGCAGGUCCUAACCGAGAUCGCGUUGGGAACCCGCGGCCUCCUGCUGGAGCAUUUCAAACGGUUUGCGGUCAGCGGACCCGGCGGGCUGAUGGUCACCAAGGACAUGACUCAGUACGCGGACCUGCUCAAAUCCUGGGACAUUGACGAGGAGAGCAAGGGACCGGGCGGCGCGCUGGACGUGCUGCUGGAGGUGGGCAGUCUGUUUGUCAUUGGCGUCGAGGCGCUGCGAGAGCGGAUCCGCGGGGGCGCGGCCAGCGGUGCCACAGGGGCACCUGGCGGGGCCGGCAGAGGCACCAGCGGCCAGAUGGAGGCCAAGCUGAGCGUGCAGGAGGUGCGGGCGUAUGUGUCGCGCCGGGAGGACUCGAAUACGCUGGCCAUGCAGCAGGUGCUGAAUGCCUUGUAA